CGGAGCGGCCCGGAGGGUCGGACGUCCUUCUGAAACCGUCCUGCUCUCUUCACCUCUCUGAAAACAACACAGGACCAAAUUAGUUAGCCAACUGUGGUGUGGGCACUUUGCUCAACAGCUUAUACUGUUUUCCCCUCAAAAAGCUUUUAAAGAAACGUGUAAAAAUCCUCGAUAAGUGAAGCAGAGAGAAAAGCGACGCUGCAGUGGGCCACCUGAUCCAGGGAGAGGGAUUUAUUUUCCUUCUCUAUUCCUGAUGGAGUCACACAGAGUGACUGGCAUUCCUAACAGUGGACCACAGCAGGCCUACACUCAGCCGUCCCGCCCCUCCAGGCCCCACAGCAAUGGAACUGGCACAUACGGACUGAGCAUCCGCGUCCAGGGUAUAGAUGGACACCCCUACGUAGUUCUCAACAACCAGGACAGGGGUCCUCAAUCCUAUAUUGACCCAAACAGUAAUGGGUACAUUGACACAGAUGGCUCCUUCAUUGAGAACUACCAGGAGUAUGAUUUCAGAGGAGGCAAGGAGGCCGGAUCCAACAGCCCCUUCAUAGAGUACAGGUCUCAGAAGAUGAAGCAUUACAGUGGUUCUCAAAAUGGUAUCGCAGACUCACAGGGAAAGAAACCAUCCAACCUUCUGAACUUUCAGAAGCACCCUGAGAUUCUGCAGCCGUAUGAUCCAGAGACUAACUCCCUCAACCUCGAAGGUUUCCACAGUCUGCCUUCAAGGCCUCCACCUGUGGCCAAGACUGACAAUGAACACCAGAGUUCCUCCUCCAAAUCUGCUGUACCCCUACCAUCCCACGCCAGGUCAUCGAGCCUGGAUCAGAAUAAAGUUCCUGCUCAGCAAGACAAAAGGCAACCUCCGUCCCAGAGGCUGAGCGAGACGGCCCUUCCUAAGCCGAAGUCACAGCCUCAGCCUCUGGCCCAGCUCACUCAGCCUCAGACCAGGCUGCAAACGCAAACAGCUGAGCCGCAGUCCAGACCUCGUCUUGCCAACCUUAAUCCAUCUCAGUCCAAGCCUGCCUCUAAAACUCCACCCCAGCCUCGGCCCUCCACUGUGUCAAGUCCGUCGACUGAGCAGAGCAAGACCUCAUGCAGAUCCCCCAGUUCUAUGAGCAGCGCCAACUCCAGCCUAGAGCGCACCAGCCACGAGCCCGAUGUCCUUCCUCUGCGCCGGACCGACUCCAGUGGGCCAGUCCUUCAGUCCUCCUCCCGCUCCCGCCACUCCUCGUCGUCCUCCACCUCUAAGGCUCUAAUGGAUGAACAGAUGGAGGCCCUGUACGCAGACACCAUCAACCGCCACGAGAACCGCCGCUACAUCCCUUUCCUCCCUGGUUCAGGCAGGGACAUUGACACGGGCUCCAUUCCUGGCGUCGAUGAGCUCAUUGAGAAGUUUGACAACAAAGAUGGCAGCCACCAGCGCAGGGGCAGGGCGGGGCGCAGGAACAGAAUCAAUCCAGAAGACAGGAAACGCUCACGCAGUGUGGAUAGUGCUCUCGGCCUGCAGGAUGGCUCCACCUACAUGGAUGGGUUUAGCCGCCAUCGAGGCACAUCAAUGGAGCAUGUCCUGCGGCCCUCACAGCUGCGGCUGCAGAAGACAGCAGGCAGUCAGGACUCCUGGAUCACAGCUGUAGAUGGUAAGGUUGACUCCAGGGCUUCGUCUCGUGCCACCAGUGCACCUGGCUCUCCACAGGGCACCAUCUCUAAAGGUGUCGGGUCCAUCCAGGGGUACAAAAAGCCACAGACUCGCUCCUCUUCAAUACCAUUCAAGAGCAAAGAGAGUGAGGAUGGUGCCUCUUCAGCUGGAAGGACUUCAACGACAUCAGUGUCGACGUCGCUAUCUAAGUCCUCUUCCACUGGAGACAAAAAGCCCAAUAAAGAGGCAGAUGUUCAGGCGACACCUGAUCUCCUGAAAGGUCAGCAGGAGCUUUCACAACAAACACAUGAGGAGACAGCAAAGCAAAUUUUGUUCAAUUACCUUAAGGACGGAAGCAACGAUAAUGAUGAAACGACUAAGAGAAAGGUCAACCUUGUUUUCGAGAAGAUACAGACAUUGAAGUCUCGGGCCACAGCGACUGCACAGGGCGACAACAAAUCCCUGGACCUCACUGCACAGACCAAAGCUCUGCAGGAGCAAAAUGCUGAACUGGAGAAAGAAAUGGUCGAACUGAAGAAGAAACUUGAGGAACAAACCACGAAGAAUCAGGCUGACAAGAAGACAGCAGCAGGUUUGAAGGAGCUGCAGCAGGAGCUGGAGCGGAGUGCAGAGGAGUGCAAGCGUCUGAAGGAGAAACUGGCCAAAACAGAGGCCGAGCUCCAGACCACAGUCGAGGAACUGUUCCAGGUGAAGAUGGAGAGGGAGCAGUACCAGACAGAGAUCAGAGACCUGCAGGACCAGCUGUCAGAGAUGCAUGACGAGCUCGACUCGGCCAAGAAGUCAGCUGCUGAUGGAGAGAAAGAGAUCAUUAUAGCGGACAUGAUGCAACUGAAGGUGGAGAUGAACGAAGUUCUCCUGGCCAAGGAGGAGCAGGAGGAGGUGCUGAGGAGGCGAGAGAGGGAGCUGACAGCUCUGAAAGGAGCCCUGAAGGAGGAAGUGGCUGCUCAUGAUCAGGAGGUGGACAAGAUGAGGGAGCAGUAUGAGAAAGAAAUAAGCAAGCUGCAGACGUCUUUGGAGGAGGCCAAGCAGAGCAGCGCAGCGGUGGUCCGUGAGAAAGCUGAAGUGGAGGCUGCCAAGGGUGCAGUGGAGGGCCAAGCGGGGCGGCUGACCCAAGAGGCUGAGCGGCUGCGAAGGCGGGCGCAGGAACUGGAAAAUGAGGUGGCCAAGCUCAACCGAAUCAUCGAUGAGGCCAAGCUGCAGGAGAGCAGGCUGGGGGACAGAGUUGACCGAUUGGAGAGAGAGAAAAAGCAAUUGGAAGAGUCUUUGGCCGAGAUUAAGGAGCAAGAGGAGGAGAUGUCACGUGCCAACCGAGCGUUGACCAUACGGCUGGAGGAUGUACAGAGGAACUUGACAAAACUGAGCAGUGAGCACAAGGAUUUGGAGGAGCGGUUACAAGAAGAGAAGACUCAGAAGGAGCAGUUCAAGAACAUGAAGAAUGACAUAGAGGAUGAGAGGAGGCUUCUGGACCGCACAGUGGAGAAACUUCAGAGGGAGAUGAAUGACAUUGUGGAGGCGUCCCAGUCGUCCACUCGGGAGUUGCAGGAGCAGAUUGACAUUUAUAAAGAGAAGAACCGUCGGGAGCUGACGGAGCUGCAGAGGCUUCUGAAGGAGCGAGGACAGGAACUGGACAAGUACCUGCUGGCUGCCAAAACCCUGCAGGAAGAGUUGUCACGACGGGAGGAGGACCUACGGCAGUGUCAACGGGAACGUGAUGAGGCUGAGCUCAGGGUGAAGACGCUGGAGAAGAGGGUUCAAGAUCUGGAGGCGGAGGCUGAAACAAACACCCACACUAAAGAGGACAAGUCCAGACACAUCAAACUCCUGGAGGACAGGGUCGCUCAGCUGGAGUUGGACCUGGAUGAAGAGCGUCAGAGCGGAGACCAGCUGAUGGACAGGAUAGACCGAGGAAGAGAGCAGGUGGAGCAGAUGAGGAAUGAACUCCUGCAGGAGAGGGCUAGCAGACAGGACCUGGAGUGUGACAAGAUGGCUCUGGAGAGACAGAAUAAAGACCUGAAGGGCAGAGUGGCUCAUCUAGAGGGCUCCCAGAAGUCCAACAAAGAGGGCCUGGUAACCCAGCUGGAGAAUCGUGUACAGGAGCUGGAGGAGAGGCUGGAGGGGGAGGAGAGGGAGCGUGCCAACCUGCAGCUGGUGAACCGCCGAUUAGAAAGGAAGGUUAAAGAGAUGAUGAUGCAAGUUGAAGAAGAACAUAACUCAAUGCAAGAUCAAAAGGACCAACUGAAUCUGCGUCUGAAGGCACUGAAGAGGCAGAUGGAUGAGGCAGAGGAGGAGAUUGACCGACUGGAGCACGGCAAGAAGAAGCUGCAGAGAGACCUGGACGAGCAGCAGGAGGCCAAUGAGCAGCUCCAGAGCCAGCUCAAAGCUCUGCGAAGUGAGAUCAGGCGUAAGAACACCUCCGCUCCGCUGCUCAACAACCUGGACGACGACGACGACGACGACGACAUCAGCACUGACGGGGAGACGUACUUCAGCUCGUCGUCAGGGUACAAGCGCUCCUCGAGUCAGGACAACAUCUUGUCCAACUUCACUUUGUAAAUAAGCUUCGAAGUCGAGAAUGAAGCUGCUUCAUAUGCAUCACUGUUGGACCAAACAAGCUGUACAUGUUACACUAAAACAGCUGCGUGAGACUCUCCAGCUGACUGAGAUCAUUUGAAAUAUUGUUUUUGAAAAUCCACACUUAACCUGACUUCACUCAGUAUUAUUUGAGCAGCUUUGAGAUUAAUGGAUGAAAUCCUAAAAGUUGUGAUGUUUUAUCCUGUCUUGUGGAAAUUAAAUGUAUAUACUGUUUAAUUUGAUAAUUUUACAUUCCCACAUGAAGUCUUACCUGAGUCUGAGUGGACUGUUCUUUGUUAACGAAUGGAUCAUACCUGCUUGUCAAUGAUUAUUUUAGCAUUAGUUAACUUGAAAACGCUCUGUUUAAUGCACUGUAAAACAACACAAUCAGUACUGCCUUUGUGAACAGUAUAAUGUUAUUAACACUAACUUUUUUAUGCCUAUCAAAUAUGUUACAUUUACACACACAAUAUCUGAAUAUAGAUUUGUGUAUCAUUCAGUUAAAUAAAAUAUAUUUACCUUUUUUUUUUAAUGAAUGAAGAUCAAAAUCCAAAAACAUGAAGUGAGAAAUGCCAGGAGUUUUUUUUUUUUAUUUAUUCAUGGUUCAAUAUACACAGUCCUGGCUCAGUGAGGUUUUUAGGGAACAAUAAAUGAGGGACUUUGUACACAUCCAUUUUUAUACAGUUUUAUAUAACUGAUGACCAGUAAUACUGUAGAUCCAUUCAGUUGUUAUCAGCAGAUAUUCUUUUAUACUUUACCAGGUUACUCCUAAUACUAGAGACAUCACAGUAUUCCUUUUGAAUGGCUGUUUCAUGUGAACAUGUGCCGACGCCUAAAUGAACAUUAUUGAUUUAUUAUUGAUUCUGAUUCAGACUUUUAACAGUUACAGCACUGAACACAAAACCAUUUCAUUUCUGAGGACAUUUUUAUACUGGAAACACUUUGAUGUAUCUUCUAUCUCUGGUGAUUUCUCUCUUUGUGUUAACACUGAACAUGGUGGAAACCUUUUUGUUUAAUUUCAUACUUCUGUGUUUGAAUUGUGCCACUGUGUACAUAAGGCCUUACAGGUCCUGUUGAAGAACAUAUGUGGACCCCAGUUAAAUUUUCCUUUAACUGGAUGAGGGAAUUUCUGCGGAUGAGAUAAACAGACAAUCGAUGUUUUUGCUACACUGUGAUGAUUUGCACUCUCUGUGUUGGUUCUGUGCUGAAGUCUGACGCCUGUGGAGGGGGAAAGUCGAUUGAGACAAAUUCCUGCCACUACCUCUCUGUACACAUUUGUAUGUUCAUAAAUCCUGCUGAGACUAAAAUAAAGUUACUUUCAGUUACUCUCA